UGCUGAGAAACGGUUUAUUGUGUCGUUUGACCCGAAGCUGGCGCACCUCAUCCCUCGCCCUCUCUCUGUGUGAGCUGGCUCUCUUGGUGGAUUUAUUUGCAUUAAUCUCUUGCUACUUGCUGCGGAAGGAUUCUCUUACCGGCUCGGUUGAUCUUGGGAAUAAGUGGGAAGAAUGUGGAUUAAUAUGAACCGAGAUGCGGGUUCGGGCUGAGCGGACUUAGUCUUUGGAGAUGUGCAGACAGAAAGAUUUAUAAACAAACGGGGAGAAUCGGGAGUGAAACAGCCUUCCCUCCUUAUCUUUUGAAAUGGUCUCAUUCUCUCUGGUUCUGUUCCAAAGCUGCAUGUGCUUCACAGUCACAUAUCCAAGAACAUCUGAGGGGGUCCACCCCCGCCUUUUGACUUGCUGUUGACGUCACUUUCAGGCCACUUGUGCUACACAGACUUUUACAGUCGGAUGUUCGCGAUGACCCACUGACACCACCCUCUUCCACCCUCCUUCAUUUAAAGGUCUCCUGUAAAAAUGGCCCUGACCGGCUGGCUGUGGCUAUGGCGGAUGCCGUUGUUGCUGACAUUGCUUCAUUCGUGCUUUCUGUCUGCGUCUGCCUCGACCACAUCCUUCCCCAAAGACCUGGAACCGCUCCAUGUUGUCAGCUCGGAACAGUCGUACCAGUAUCCCGGUUUUCAGGGUCUACUACAGGACAACGACACAUUGCGCUUGGGCCUGGACUUUCAGAGGAUGUUGCGCAUUAAUCAUAUUCUUUAUAUCGCAGCAAGGGAUCAUGUCUUUGCUGUGAACCUAACGACAGCAUCAGAGGAGUUUGUUCCACAGCUGAAGCUGACAUGGAAAUCCAAAGAUGUCAGCAAGUGUACAGUCAGGGGAAAGAACAGCGAUGAGUGCUACAACUACGUCAAAGUUCUGGUGCCUCGAAAUGAUGAGACUUUGUUUGCUUGUGGUACCAACGCCUUUAACCCGACCUGCAGGAACUACAAGAUGACCUCCUUGGAACAGGUUGGAGAAGAAGUGGUCGGUCAGGCUCGCUGUCCGUUUGAAUCCAUCCAGUCUAAUGUUGGACUGUUUGCUGGGGGAGACUUCUAUUCAGCCACCAUGACAGACUUUCUUGCGAGCGACGCCGUCAUCUACAGAAGCCUUGGCGAGGGCCGACCAGUCCUCAGGACGGUCAAAUAUGACUCCAAAUGGCUCCGAGAGCCUCAUUUCCAGCACGCCAUUGACUAUGGUAACUAUGUCUACUUUUUCCUGAGUGAGAUCGCAGUGGAAUACACAGCCCUGGGCAAGGUUGUGUUUUCUCGAGUUGCACGAGUCUGUAAGAACGAUAACGGAGGUUCCCCCAGAGUUCUGGAAAGAUACUGGACUUCAUUCCUGAAGGCUCGUUUAAACUGUUCAGUUCCUGGAGACUCCUUCUUCUACUUUGACGUUCUUCAGUCUCUGACAAAUGUGCUGCAGAUCAACCAGAGGCCGGCGGUUGUUGGCGUGUUUACCACCCAGUCCAACAGUAUCCCAGGCUCAGCGGUUUGUGCCUUCUAUAUGGACGACAUUGAGAAAGUCUUUAACGGGAAGUUCAAAGAGCAGAGAACCAGUGACUCAUCCUGGACUCCAGUCCCAGAUGAGCAGGUUCCCAGACCAAGACCUGGUACCUGUGCAGGCGAUGGCCCAGCCUCAGAUUACAAAUCUUCAGUUCAGUUUCCAGAUGAAAUGUUAACCUUCAUUAAAUCAUAUCCUCUGAUGGAUGAGGCUGUACCUUCAGUCAAUGAUCGGCCCUGCUUCACCCGAACAUCCAGCAGGUCAAAGUUGACCCAGAUUGUGGUUGAUGUUUCAGCUGGUCCCCUUAAGGACAGAACGGUGAUGUUCCUGGGCUCAGACGAUGGCCAUGUCCUGAAAGUUCUGGCUAGCACACAUCCCAAUGACAGCUUUGGGUCCAAACUGCUAGAGGACAUCGACGUGUAUAACCCCUCCAAGUGCAAUGUUCAGGGCCAGGAGGACAGAAGAGUUCUGGGACUGGAGUUGGAUAAAGACCAUCACGCAUUGUUUGUUGCCUUUACCAGCUGUGUUAUCAGAAUACCACUCAGCCGCUGCACCCAACAUGGAGCCUGCAAAAAAGCAUGCCUGGCCUCCCGUGACCCUUACUGCAUCUGGCCUCGCACGGGGACUUGUGCCAACAUGGCACCAGGCUUCAAGGCGGGGUUCGAACAGGAUAUAGAGGGUGACCACUCUUUUUACCCAGACAACUGUCACACUGAUCUUUUGGCAACAACACGGAACCAGGAGUCGGCUGCUGACUCUGCCUAUGGUGUUCGUCGUCCACCUGAGCUGGAUCAGCGUGCUAACGCCAACGUCCACUACACCCUGCUGAUUGCCUGCGUUUUCGUCGCAUUCUUUCUGGGAGCCAUCCUGUCGGGUUUCUUGGUGUCAUGUUACUGCAGCCGCAGCGCAACACACCGAGCUCAAAGGCUUGGGAAGGACCCCGAAGCUUCGCUGCCGCACGCUCUGUCCCUGCGUUCGCUCGCCAAGCUGAACGGGCUGCUGGAUGGGCAACCCAAGGAUGACAAGCUGGACGUGUCGACACCAAAAAUGUACAGCUCCUUUAUCCCUAAUGGGCGGGCCGAGCCCCACCUUCACACCCCUGGGCAUCAGGGCCUGCAGCUGGGAGACCCUGACCUCAACCUGUCACAGUCUCUUUCUCAGGGUGACGGAGAACUGUCUGGCCUGCCAACACCUGACUCCACACCAGAGAUGCCAUUCAGGAACCUAAAAGGGCUGCGGCAUCAGCAGUACGAGAAGAACCAAAACUGCAACAAUGGCAAAGAUAGCAUCCCAAAGUCGGGUCCUAGCAGCUCCAAAUCCAGUCAGGGCUUCAUGGCUGUCGUUGGGAAUUCUUUGAGUCAGCAAAUGUUUCCCUUUCCUCAUCACAAUGGUGGCAGUUUGAGCAAUGGGGCAGCCCAUGGAGCAGGUGCCUCGUCGACUUCACUGCACCUCCUGGAGGAGAGGAAGAUCCCAAAUGAUGAGCGAGGUGCUGCCACAGGAGGAGGGGGAGGAGUUCCACAUCACCACCACUCCCAGCAGUCCCUACCUCAGACAGUGGUGGAUGUCUCUGCGCUGGAUGAGCUGCUCAAACACAUCCAUGAGGUCAGCGCGUCGGGAACAGGUGGAAUCAAGGUCCUCACAUCCACCUCCUCCUCCUCACUGUUCCCUGGACCAUCCUCUUCUGGAGCAGGACAUCACAGUAGUCAUCACCACCACCAUCAUCAUCACAAUCAACACAACCAGACACGAACACACCACUACAACCACAGCCAUCACCACAGCAACCAUCACAAUAAUAACAGCAGCAACCAUCAUCACCAGCAGCAAAUCCCGGAGACAGAACCCACUUCCUAUUGCAGCACCUCCACACUGCCAAGGGAUGGUGUACCCAAACGCUUGGAUUCAGCCCCUCAGAACUCUACGUCCUCCUCCGCCACGUCUUCUUCUUCAUCCUCCUCUUCAAACAACCCCACAUCCUCCACCUCCAUCCCUUCUUCAUUCUCUUCUUCGUCCUCCACUCCCCUCCAACAGCAGGUGAUUCCGGAGCGGCCCGGAGGGAGCGCCGUCCCCGUGUCACGUCACCAGUCCCAGCGUCACUCCCUCAUUAAAAUGGGUGCAGCAGGUGGCGCUGUGCCCCGCCAUCACAGCUUCAACCAACGGGGGACGCACGCGCACUUUCUGGCCAGGAUGAACACCAACAACAACAGCAGCAGCAACAACCGCCCCCCAGGUUCAUCUGCAGCAGUCAACACAAACACCAGCAACAACGGCGAGAGCCAACGGGCAGCAGUUGCCAGCGCCUGCUUGACGCGGCAGCACAGUUACAGCGAAGGGCCGCAUGUUCAGAGGGCCGCGAUCGUGCGGAGAACGGUGUCCCUCAAGCCACAGAUUCCACCAAAACCGCUUUUUCUCCCAAAUACAGCAACGUCUGCAGUAACAGAGGCACAGAAAUACAACUACUGAGACUGCAAAUGAACAAGGUAUCAGAGGAACGUGGCUGCAAUACUCCCCACAAGGGAACCCAAUGAAACACUCACAGGGGCCCUGCUAUGCUAAAGGACAAAAUGAACCUCGAUGGGCCAAAAGAGACUCCAGUUCUCGUGAUUCCUUAUCACAACUUUUCAGUUGUACUUAUCGUCAUGCUGCUGAUGGAAGGCCAUCUAUUGCCUCUCUGAUACGGACCUGUUUCCUUGCAGGGCAAGAUUCCUUGUGGAGAAUUUCUCUUCACAGCAAAUGUGGAUCAAAACCAGUUCAGACAGGAAACGUCUGAGAAACAUUCCAGAAGAAGGGCGAAAGGUGUUAAUGAUUCAAAGGAGUCCCCAAGGCUCAAGGUGGCCUGGAAAAAUUCCUGAUUAAUGCAGUUUUCUUAUGAGAGCUUUGAUCUAAUGUCCCCAGUCACUGCACCUUGGAACGAGGCCUGGAUUUCAAUUGCAAAUAUUUAAAAGGCAGGGAAUUGGACAAAUGCAGACCAGAGAUGGACUGAAUUUGGGGCCGUUGCAACAUUUUUCAGUCAAGUUAUGGCCAAGUUUUCCACUGAAGCAGGUUGGGAAAAGUCAGAAAAAAUAUAUUCUGCUUAGCAGAUCUGUUCUCUGACUCUUCAGAAGUCAGUUUGUUUAAAUCCAAGACUUAAAAACAUUUUUUUUCCAGACAAAAACAAAAGGAAAAUAGAAAAGUUACUGUUCAAGCUACAAAUCACAUUUAAGUGUUAUAAUCCAGCAGUCAGAGUUCCAGAUUAUUUACCCCUAUAUUGGCACAGAAAUCAACUAAACAUAAUUAAAUAUCUGAAAAAAACAAUUAGGCUAGUAGAUGAUUAAGGAAACAUUUCUGAUAAACCUUUUCUGCAGAUUUGUAUUUAAUGCUUCAGUAAAUAAAACAGUCAUAGUGAAUAUUUAAUAUUUCAAAUCAUUAUAUUUCUGCCUAAUGCAUCUUUUCUACCAUUUAAGAACAUUACAUUUGCAGAAUUUGCAGGAUGUAUUUUUAUUCUAAAGAUUCUUUAAGAUGCCACAGUUUAAAGUCCUGGCUGCUCAUUCAGACUUUGAUUUGGAAAUGAAGCAAAAACAGUUUAUCAGAAAUGUUUUCUCAUCGACAGCUUCACACGACAUCAUCCAAAUAACAGCUCACUUUCCAAAGUUUUUAAGAUUGUUUACCAGCAUAUUCGAAUUUGUGAAUGGGAAUAUAAUUAGUUGUAUACACAUUUGUUUAUCUAAAGGAAAGUAUACUCCAAACUAAAACACUAAUAUAAACAUUUGACUGUGAUGCUGGAGAUGUUGUUUUGUUUUUUUGGUCAUUUCUAAUUCUUUAUUUUGGGGAAAUAAAAGUCUGCACCAAAUGAUGUUGCCUUCCUGGAGCUCAAAAUGACCUGCAUGACAACUUGUAUACAUUUAACUCAAACCUAUUUGUUCACAUAUAAGAUCAGUGUUUUCUCAAAUAAAUUCUGAUAUCAGAGGCC